AUGGUGGACACUCCAGACUGGUUCUGUAGUGGACUCUCUCAGAAGGACAUGAGACAGGACGUGGGGCUUUGUGUCCGUCUGUCUGCUCCAGGACCUCACGCCUUCCUCCUGGUGAUUCCAGUGCAGUCGUCUGAAGGGGAGGAGAGGAGGAUGCUGGAGAAAAUGGAGAUUAUUUUUGGUGAGAGCUGUUGGAGACACACACUGAUCCUCUUCACCCAUGCUGAGGGGCUGAGAGAGAGGAGUGUGGAGGAGUUGCUCCAGACAGGGAGCCAGGAGCUACAGCAGCUGGUAGAGAAAUGUGGGACCAGGUGUCACCUUCUCAGCGUUAAGGACAGGCAUGAUGACACACAGAUCACACAGCUGCUAGAGAAGGUAGAAGAGAUGGUGUCAGGAAAUGGAAUGGAGCGAUACUACAGCAGUCAGACCUAUUGGAGGGUGCAGAAACUGCACAGUGCAUUAGGACAAAUGGUAGACAUAGAGGAAAAGACAGUGAGAGAAGAGAGACAAAGAAGACAGGAGUUUGACAUGCAUCUCCAGCAGUUCCUCACCAGGAUGGAUGAAGAGAUCCUCCAACUUGAAAGAAACCUCAAAGCUGAGAUGCAGGCAGAGUUCAACAAACAGAUGGAGGACAAGGACAUGGAGAUUGAGAAGAUGAGACUAAUGCUUCAGGAGGCAGUUUUAAAGUUAAACCAGGACUAG